AACUUCUCCCCUUUCACCGACUCCAACAAUCUCACUUCUCAUUCAUCAUUUGCUUUAAAAAAGCCAUUGUUUCAGUUUCUGUGCUCUAUGUGAUUUUACACGCUCGUUUUGUUCUUCAGCAGAGAACAUGGCGCGGUCGGAUGAAGCCCAAGCUUUCUUCCAUGCGGUUUACUCUGCCGCUCAGCAGAUUCCGUAUGGAAAGGUGACGACUUAUGCGCACAUUGCUUACCUCGUCGGCACACCGCAGCGGCCGAGACAAGUGGGCGUUUGUAUGAAGCAUUUGCCUCAUGACGAGGACGCGGUGUUUAACAGCUCGAAUGUGCCGUGGCAGAGGGUGAUUAAUUCCAAGGGAGCAGUAUCACCGAGAUCACAACCUUCGGGAGCCGCAAAUCAGGCUGUUGAGCUACAAAGGGAAGGCGUCGAAGUGACUCGGACUGCCAUGGGAGAGUAUACGGUCGACCUGGAAGUGUACGGGUGGUUUCCAGAGGAAUUGGCCGAAGAAGAGUGAAGAGGAUGAUGACAGGUACCUAUCAAUAAAGAGCUUACUACGAUGUAUUUCACUGAGGAGUCAUGACCGCAUUAUUGAUUGACAGUAUAAAGUAUAGAUUACAAAUGUAUACAUACGCAAUAUGAUAUAUG